AUGUCCAGUAUAUAUAAACUAUCCAUUAAGGGGAUAAGAGCUUUUGAGCAGGAAACAGAUGAGACAAUUCAGUUUGGGUUUCCAUUAACCUUAAUCUGUGGUCAGAAUGGAUGUGGGAAAACAACUAUUAUUGAGUGUUUAAAAUAUGCAACUACGGGUAGUUUACCUCCAAAUUCUAAAGGUGGUGCAUUUGUCCACGAUCCUACAUUAGAUUCACGUUCAGUUACUAAUGGUCAGAUUAAAUUGGCUUACAAGAACAUAAAUGGAAAAUCUAUGAUUACCACAAGAUCCGUACAAGCAAAUCUGAAAUCCACCAAGAGUGCUUCUGGGGCCACUGUCACGUUUAAGACUUUAGAAGGACAGCUUGCUAUGAUUGAAGGAGGAGAGAAAAUUAGUAUUUCGUCAAAGAAUUCAGAAUUAGAUACUCAGAUUCCUAUUUAUUUGGGGGCAUCACCGGCAAUCUUGGAAAAUGUUAUUUUCUGUCAUCAAGACGACAGUUUAUGGCCAUUGAGUGAGCCAUCUGCAUUGAAGAAAAAGUUUGAUGACAUAUUUGAAGCAUCCAAGUUCACCAAAGUUUUAGAUAAUUUAAAAAUUAUCAAGAAAGAUAUGACUACUGAUAUCAAAUUGAUUGAGCAAAGUGUGAACCAUUUGAAGAUCGACAAGGAUAGAGCUAAAAAGGUUCAAGAUAGAUUAACAGAAUUGACAGAAUCGGCUGACACAUAUACUGAAGAAAUUGCUGAUCUUAAUAUUCAAAUUGAAAGAAAAGAAAAGGAAGCGGAAGAUUUAUUUGCAACCAACCAAGAGUUUCAGAAGACAUUAAGUGAUUACGAGAAUUUGUUGAUUAAGAAACAGACAUUGGAAGAACAAAUUGAAAGAACCAAAAGAUCUAUUGAAAUUCUUCCUGAUUCUGACCAAGAACUUAUGAAUAAACAAGAGAAUUUUGCUGCCAUCACGGAAGAAAAGAGCCGUACAAUUGAAGAUUUGCAAACCAAGAGUUCAAGAAUGAAUGAAAAAUUGAAAGACAGAACCAAAAACUACAACGACUUGAUAAGAUUGGAUGGUUCUUUAAAGGGUAAGAAAGUGGAAUAUGAACAAAACUUAGAAGAAAUCAGUCAGAUAAUGAAUGAUUAUGGUGAUUCAUUGGGAGUUAGCCUCUCGGAAGAUACUCAGAGCAACAUAACCAAAUUUAAAGGUGAAUUGGAAAAGGCGCAUAAAGCAAUACUUUCCGAACAAAAGAGGUUAUUAACUGAUAACAAACGCAUAGAGGCAGAAAAACAGUCGGAGUUACAAGAUGUGUUGAAUGCAAUUUCUAGAGAAGAGCAACAUUUUGAAUACGCUACAAAUGAUAUGGAAACUAACAACCAGAAGCUUUUGGUUUUAAGGAGGAAGGUUGAUGCUGGAAGUAACGAUGAAACUGAAUUAAUUGAAAAGCGAAUUGAACUAGAUCUGACAAAUAAACAACUUCAAGAGAAGCGAGACUUGAAUGAAGUAAAGGAAUUUGAUAAUAAGAUUAUGGAAACCAAUUCCGAGAUUUCAAAAUUGGAAUUUUCGUUGGACGAGUUAGCCAAGAAAGUUUCCACAAGUAAUAAACAAUCUGAACUUAGGUCCAAGGUGACAUUUUUGGAGGACUCGGUGAAGUCAAAAAAUGCUGAAAUUUCCAGGAUCAUAUCUGUUAUCACCGAUAACUAUCAAGAGGUUGUUGGGUCAAAGUUAGAUAUAGAUGUUGGUGAUUCGUUGUUAAACCAAAAGAUUUCUCAUUUGCAAAUAAAACAUGAAGACCAACAAAAGAAGGUGAUGUCAUUAGAAUCUGAAUUAGAGAUCAACAAAAAGACACUUGAAUCAAUUCUUAAGAAUGCAAAAGAUAACAGUGCUAAGCUUGAAUCGUUGAAAGCAGCUAUUACUACUGUGAUUGAGGAAGACGAGAUUGACGAAUAUGAAAGUAUUGUUCAGGAAUUGGAAGAAAAUUACCGAGACGUUCUGGAAGAUGUCAAUACUGCGGAAGUUACUAAGGAUUUCAAGGGAUCUGCAAUUCAAAUGGCAGAAAAGAGUAAAUGUUGCUUAUUAUGUAAACGUUUGUUUGAAGAAGGUGGUCUUGAUGUAUUCAUUAAAGAUUUAAAGCAAAGUGUGGAUGAAAGCAAGAUCCAAGAGAUUAAAUCAAGGGCAGUUGAAAUAAAGAACGACCUUGAUUCAGUAAAGUCUGUCAACUUGAAGAUCUUAAAUUACAGAGAAUGUCUUGCAAAUGUGUCUGAACUUGAAUCGAAGAUCAAAGACUUACGUAGCAAUUCCUAUUCCAUUGAUAAAGAACUAACUGAAGCAACCAAAGAUAUGAAAGCUACUAAAGAUUUGCUUGAUGCUGCAUUGCUGUUAAAGAAACCAUUGUCAGAUGCUACUAGAAUCAACUUGGAAGUUCAAGAUAUAGAUAUACAAAUUGACGAAUUGAAUGAAGAUUUGACAGGAUUCGGCUCAAAUGUCGCAUCAGUUGGUGAAUUACAAAAGCAACAACAAGACACAAAUAUUAAGCUCAAGGAUAUGAGACAAAACUUGAAUGAGUGGACUGAGAGUAAAUAUAAAGUUCAAAGGGAAGUACAAAGAUUAGAGAAUAGAGUGAAAGAUAUCAAAUUACAAAUAAGCAAUUUAGAAAGAUCACUUGCUGAUGUAACCAACAUCAAAGAUAAUAUUAAUGAAACUGAAAAAGUGAUUGCAAAAUUGGAAGAUCGAUUAAAAGAAAUUAAGGAUUCUUUGGAGAAAUUGAGAUCAGAUAAAGAAACAAAGGAAAGAGCUUUGAAAAAAGCACAGGAUGAAAUUCAAGAAUCAGAAGAACGAAUCCAAAAGAAAGUACAAGAUAUUCAAGACUUGUAUUCUUCAUUUUCUUCACUCAACGAAUCGAUUUCUUACUAUCAAGCACACAUUGCUAAGAAAUUAGAAGAAAACACGAGCAAGAUGCAGCAAGUAUCACAUGAAUGUGAAUCUUUAACAUUGAAGAUUGAAGAAUAUACGGGUUCAAUUAAGUCAUUAGAGAAGGAAGUGAUGGAUGCUUCAAGAGUUGAACAUAAUAUUCUUGCCAAUAUAGACUACCGCGGACAGCUCAGUAGAUUAGACGAAGCGGAGUUGCAACUUAAUUCGAUGGACAUUGAGAAUGCACAAACUCGAAAAGAUGAGUACCAAGAGAAGUCGAGACAAUUGAGAGAGGCUAUAUCUUCUUUGACUGCAGAUCAUGCUGGUAAAAUUGGAGAAGUUAAACAGAUCAAAGAUCAGAUAUCGGGAUUGAAGAAAGAGUUAGAAACAGAGUAUAAGAAUGUGAAUCAGAAUUAUCAUGAGGAAUGGAUAAAACUUCAAACAAACUUGUUGGUCUCCAAUGACCUUCAAAACUAUUCAAAGGCUUUGGAUAAUGCUAUUAUGAAGUAUCAUAGUAUCAAAAUGGAAGAGAUCAAUAGAAUAUUAACUGAGCUUUGGUCGCAGACUUAUCGAGGAUCGGAUAUUGCAACAAUUGCUAUUAAAAGUGAUGUAAAUUUACAAGCAAAGGGUAAUAGAUCAUACAAUUAUCGAGUAGUCAUGAUAAAGGAUACUAGUGAGUUGGAUAUGAGAGGUAGAUGUUCUGCAGGGCAAAAAGUGUUGGCCAGUAUUUUGAUCAGAUUGGCAUUGGCUGAAUGUUUUGGUGCCAAUUGUGGUAUGAUUGCAUUAGAUGAACCGACCACGAAUUUGGAUGCAGAGAAUUCAGAAGCACUAGCAGCCGCUUUGACUAAAAUUAUUGAGUACAGAAAAGCGCAAGCAAAUUUCCAAUUGAUUGUUAUUACUCACGACCAGAAGUUUUUAACUCAUAUGCAAGCUGAUAGAUUCACAGAUCAUUUCUACCGAAUUCAAAGAGAUGAAACUAGCAAGUCACGUAUCUAUAGUUUACCUAUCAAUAGGAUUCAAGAUGAUUAG